CAAAACCUCAUUCAAGUUUUGAUUGUCGGAGAGAGAGCUCAUCUAUCGAUCAGCACGAGCGCACGGCAUCCUUUUGGGAUUAAAAUUUGAAACGUGUUUUUCAGUCCACUGUUAUAGGCGCGUCAUCUAUACGAGAAAACCGAAGACCCAGAGAGAUCAAUAUAACAAUCGUUUUUAAACGAAGACCCUUUUCUGGGAGCUUUCUUGAAGACCCAGGUGGCAUGGACGGAUUUUAUGACCAGCAAGUACCAUUUAUGGUCCCACCUAAUCAAAAGUCAUUACAAGUGGAGGCACCAUAUAGCCGAGCAGUUAACGACAGAAAAAGAAAGUUAGUGGAGACUGAACUCGCUCAGGACACAGAGGAACUUUUCCAGGACCUCAGCCAGCUGCAAGAGAUCUGGAUCGCAGAAGCUCAGGUGCCCGAUGAUGAACAGUUUGUCCCAGAUUUCCAGUCGGAGAGCUGUGAGUACCUUGAGAUGUAUUAUUUAUUCUCCUUGGCAGCGUACUUUGGAUGCAGUCCAGAGAGGGCUAGGGAAAACGGCAGAGCCUCUGGAAUGGACUGGAUUCCAGCGGGAAGGGGAGAGGAAAAGGCUUCCUCUCACGGCCUACCUAAACCCACCAAAUCCACAGCUACUGAAGCUCUUUUCAUUGAGGGUUCUCAGUCCAAACGCACCCAAUUUGUUCGAGCCUGGCCACAGGAAUCAAAGCCAAAGGAAAUACUCGAGGAACGCUCGGCAGAGUUUCAGCGACAGCUUUCAGAGCCUUGCCUGCCAUUCCCACCUUCUGACACCCAAGGAAGAUCCAACUUCAUGCCACAGGUCCCCAACACUUCACCAAGAGAUGGAAGGCCACCUUACCAUCGCCAAAUGUCCGAGCCCCUGGUUCCUGUGCCUCCUCAGGGAUUCAAACAGGAGCUCCUAGACCCCCGCUACGCUGAGCAAGGUGUUCCCAGCAUGGGCCCAUCCCAGGCUGCCUUCCACCCGAUGGCCGUCAAGCAAGAGCCACGAGACUUCUGCUUUGAUUCUGAAGUGCCUAAGUGUCAGUCUUCAUUUGGGAGAGCAGCAAGCUUCUACCAAAACCAUGAGAACUUCUCAUUUGACCGAGAUCAGCAGUUGUAUUUCGACGACACCUGUGUGGUUCCCGAGAGACUUGAAGGGAAGGUAAAGCAAGAGCCCUCUGUGUAUCGUGACGGCCCACCUUACCAACGUCGUGGCUCCCUCCAGCUUUGGCAGUUUCUGGUUACACUGCUGGAUGAUCCUGCCAACGGUCAUUUCAUUGCCUGGACAGGACGUGGAAUGGAGUUCAAACUUAUUGAGCCAGAGGAGGUGGCCCGGCGUUGGGGCAUCCAGAAGAACAGACCGGCCAUGAACUACGACAAACUCAGUCGUUCACUGCGUUACUAUUAUGAGAAGGGAAUCAUGCAGAAGGUUGCUGGCGAGAGGUACGUGUACAAAUUUGUGUGUGAUCCCGAGGCCCUCUUCUCAAUGGCCUUCCCAGACAACCAGAGGCCCAACCUUAAAGCAGACCCUGACGGCCUGCCAGGAGUGGAUGAUGACACGCUUCCUUUGGCGCACUAUGACGAGGGGGCUUCAUACUUGGUGGACGGUGGUGAGCAGUGUGUUGCUGGGAUGCCUUUCCCUGACGGUUACGUGUACUGAGCCUGAACUGUUGAUAUGACUGAAACACAUCUGUCCCUAUUGCCUCAACUCCUUUUGAACUGUUGCCCACGUCCAGAUUAACCCUCCCAAUCAUUAAAAAAGAACGAGGAGAAAUCUGCAAGCCACCUUUUCUCAGGCGAGAGAAAGGUGUCAAGGAGGUGAGGUAAGCUUAAACCUUCCUCGUGGCAAACGGUCACUGCCACAGAGAAGAAGAGGUUGAGCUGGAGAGGUUGACAUCUCACUGCGAGAAUUGUAGCAAUUCUGUUUUUGACAAUCUGCUUUUUUAAAAAAGAAAAAUUGGUAACGAAUUAAGAGAUAUCCUCACAGGGAAAAAAAGAAAAAAACUUAAAUGCAGCACUAUUUAAUAGUUGCCUUUUUGGUCUAAUUUUGUUUUACCUCCAAACCAUGUAGACAAGAAGUCAAAAGGGCUUUAUUUUACAAGGAGAAAAAAUUACCCAUUUGUUAGAAAGCUGGCUUUUAUACAACACUUUUUGUUUAACUAAAUGUGGACAGCUUUAAUUAUGUUGAGGAAUACAGAACAUGUUCCUUUUGUAUGAUAUGUAUGAGUCCUUUGUCAUGUGUUGGUUUUAUAUUAACUUUUUGUUUUCAUGCUGGUUAACCCAGGGGUUGUUGAUGUGAAGUUAAACCAGAGUCACUCUUAGUAUAUUUAGUCAACUUCACAGGACUGUUAACCCAUUUUAAAUGUAUUUCUUUAUGCCUGUCGCUAUUUAAUUUUAGUUUUCACUUCCCAAAAUGCCAAAUUUUGAAUUACAGAGUACAUAUAAUUUUCUCACUUGACAACAUUCAAAAGGGAUGCACUAGUCAGACUUUCUCCAUGCUUUAGUGUAAGUGAAGGUCAAACAACAUUUAGACUCUUACAUUAUUAUUAUUAUUUUUGGCAUCAUUCUAUAUUUUAAUGCACCAGGAAAGCAGGAGUAUCAGGGCCUUGCAUGCAAUAAGGUAAUAAAUAAUACAUUUUCCUGGUCAGCUACUCGUGGGCAAUCUCAAGCUGUUGAAAGACCACUGCUUCCUUUUGCAUGACGUAUUCAAUGAUGAGCUGUCCACUAACAUAUCGCUUUAUGCUGGACAAAGAAGAAAUUGUGGAGUUCUCUGCAUUUGUAUUCUCUCUUUUCUUUUUCUUUUCCUUUUUUUUUUUUUUUUUUUUUUGAAAAGAUGAACAUAUAUUUUUGCAAAGUCUGCAUUUAUUUGAUUUUAUUGUAUAAGCUGUGUAUAGUUCUGCCUGUAACAGAUACUCUAUGUAUGUUUUAAGUGGAUCCCUGUGUUGCAGUGACUACACAUCAGUGGUUACCGGACACCCUUUCCUGGUGGGUUCGAGAGCAGUGCCUUUAAAUGAGAGGUGCAGCUUCUAAAAUAACCGUUUUCUCAUGGAAUGAGGGGCUUGUCUCAAUAUCCACCACAAAAGGGUUGUCUGCACUUGUACAGGCUUAACCCCUCACAAUGUGUACCUUACACUGCUGAGUUUAUAAUCUGUACUGGGUACAAUAAACUGUCCAUUCUGCUUCA